AUUUAUUUUUUUCUUCCCUUGUCCAGACACUGUUUACACUUAAAGGAACACAGGAAAUUGAAAGUCUUACACAGAAUGAAAAACAAGACCCACUUAGUAACCAUUUCCAUUGGGAUCUGCCCUGAGACAAGAUCCUCAAUACACAGACUAAAGAUCAGAGCUGCUGAACCUCUCUGCUGGGGAAAUCUGAAAAUCAUAGCUGUAAGUUAUGUUCUUCUGAUAGCAUUCAGGAGGGUUUUGAAAGUCUCUGGAGAAAAACACGACCUCACUGGGCAGCCUGUUUUCAGUGCUCCAGCACCCAUCUUCAAGAAGUUUCUCCUGAAGUCCAAGUGGAACAUGAACUACAAAAACUCUCAGUUGACCGUGGGGGAGCAUAGGUUGGCAGAAGGAACAGCAUCUUGCUUGUUGAAAGCUCAAAUUUGGUCAUCUCAACACUUGAAAUUUCAUUACUGCAAAGGACAUUUCAUUACAUUUCAUUACAUUUCUACAAGGAAGAAUGCUGUACCUUUAUCAAGGCAGCUUUCUAACAUUAAUUGCUGAAAUGGGGGAUGUAUGAUCAGCUGUGCUUAUUAUUUACUUUACCUGAAAGCUAAAUACUGAGGUGAAAUUGUAAAAGCGGUCAGAAAAUGCUGACAUUUUUAUUGCACUAUUUCAGUGCUUCUAGCAGGAAAUGUGGAGCAUGUGACAAUUCAGCCUGGUAACAGCUUUGUAGGUAGAUCAAUAGAGCAGAUUACUUCAGUUUUUACAGAAGCUGCAAGUACUAUAGAGAGGUAGUGGAACCAUGGUUUGUAAACCUUAAACCACACUUUCCUGCACAACAAUCUGCUAAGAUAUUGUUUUUCUUUUUUUAAAGCAGGUAUGUGAUUUUCAGCUGCAAAGAGCUUCCUCUUUCUUCGGAAGGACUAAAUAAAUGUUGCUUAAGAAGGUGCAUCCUGCUGUUCCCUUCUAGUUUGCACUUUAGUGGUCAAGGGUUUUGUUAAGUAGAGAGGUUGUCAUGAGCUAUUUUGCAAGUCUUUAUGCUUCAGGUGUCAAACUUCAGCCAGGAGAAAUGGAUCUGCUGAGGAAUUGUUUGAUGUGCAAAUGGGACUUGUGCAGGAGAGACCCCAGAAUGUUAUCUUGCCUUCAUUCCUUCUGCAAGGACUGUCUUCCAGAAUUGGUUCAAGGAUAUAGCUGUAUUCCCACUGAGUGUGAAGUUCUAUAUGAAGGUAUCCUUUGCUGCCCUGUGUGCAAACAGACCUGCUUUGCAAGGGAUGUAGCUGAAAAUUUCUUUAUCAAGGAUUUUCCCACUGGUAAUUCAGCUAUGGCAAAGAGCUGUGCUACGUGUAAAGAGAAGAGACCUGCCCACAGUCUCUGCACCAGCUGCAAUAAGUGGUUGUGCAGCUCAUGUACAGAGGAACAUGGACAUGGCAAGGAAACUGGAGACCGCUUCCUAUCUGUGUCCCUGAAGGGCUGCACAGCAACUGCAGAUGAAGCAAGCAAGUUAUUGGUCUUUUGUCCAGUGCACGCUCAGGAGCCCCUCAAGCUGUUUUGUGAGACUUGUGAUACACUUACAUGCCGCAGCUGCCUUCUGACAGAGCAUAAGGAACACAGGUUCAGACAUCUUGAUGAAGCUUUGCAAAAUCAGAGAGUGAUCCUGGAAAACGCUGUAACUAAAGUGGAAGAGAAAAGAAGUGGGAUUCAAGUUUCAACUAAACAGAUUGAAGACAGGUUGCUUGAAGUAAAACAUUUAUACAAAAAGGUAGAAAAUCAAAUAAAAAUGGCCAAGAUGAUUUUGAUGAAUGAAAUCAAUAAAAGAACAAACGUCCUUCUGGAACAACUAGAAAAAAUCACCAGUGAAAGAAGGCAGAAAUUGGAGCAACAGCUGCAAGGUGUUGUGGUUUUAAGCAGGGAGGUAGAACAUGUGCAGAACUUUAUCAGCUGGGCAGUGUGCAGUAAAAACAGCAUCCCAUUUCUCUUCAGUAAGGAACUGAUUGUAUUUCAGAUCCAGCGCUUGUUGGAGACAAACUGUAACACAGAUGUAGGCCCUCCUCUCAAGAUCAGAUUUACUUGGGAUCCCUCCUACUGGACUAAACAAUUGUCCAAUCUGGGAGGUUUCACAACGGAAGGUGGUCACAUUUCUCGCUCAGAUGUGCUGCUCUGUGGAAACGUGCAAGGCUUACAGACCUCCCUGCUUCAGGGGCAGCGGUCACCAGCUCCACAGCUGGGACCGGUGAGUAGCCAGCUACAGCAGUUGCCGGCUGCAGCGCAGUGUCCUGUGCCUGCAUGCUGCUCGCACUGCCUCGGCGUUCCUCACCCAGGCAGAGCUCAGCCUUCUUACCAAGACACAAAUCGCCAUCACAAUUUUCGACAACCUGCCGAACCGCACCAGCAGCGUCUUCCUCCGCAGUACGGCAUGCAGCAACGGGAAAAGGAAUACAGGGCUGCCCCCCAGCCUCUGAAACUGACACAGCCUGGGCUGGAACAGCAGCCGCGGGCAGAGCCGGAGACCGUCCCCGGAAGGAUGGGAAAGCAGUUCCCUUCCCAGCAGCUGCAGCAGCCUGCCCGCCUGGGUUACGCUGUUGUAUCGCAUGAGACUCAGCAGGUUCACACCGGCCAUCUACAACCACUGCGCACUCAGGCUUGUUUACAGACGUCAACUGUGCAAGUGCAACUUGGUAAUCUCCAGAAGACAAAAUCUAACCACUUGCAGCAGCCUCCGCAGCAGCAGCCUCCGCAGCAGCAGCAGGCAUCAGCAUCGCCACCAUCGGGUCAGAAUGAGAACACCCACAAACAAGUCAUCCAGCAGAGCCUAGACAUGAUGCACCACCAGUUCGAACUGGAGGAGAUGAAAAAGGAUCUAGAGCUUCUUUUGCAGGCCCAAGGACAGUCCAGCUUGCAGCUGAACCAAGCCAAGCCACCUCAGCACGUUCAACAGACCAUAGUGGGUCAAAUCAACUACAUAGUGAGGCAGCCAGCCCCAGUUCAGCAACAGAUCCAAGAUGAAGAACAGGUCUAUGAGAGUUCCACUGGAUUUGAUGUCCAGAAGCCUGUGAUUCCUCUUGACCAAAACGAAAGUCCUUCCCUGUCACAGUCAGUAGUUGAAGAAGCCAGUGUCAGCCGUCACUCCUCUGAGAGCGCAUUGCAACACUCCGCUUUCCAUCCAGCGAGAAAGUGCUCAGCAUCCUUAAGCAUUGUGGACUUUGCAAACAGUUUAGAAAUGGAAUUACCUUCAACAAGGUUAUCUAGCUUGGCUGAUCCACAGUUGCAAGGCACAGCUGCUCUAACACUUGGCCCAUCUUCAGAUGUUCUUUGUGACUGUGAUACUUCACUAGAGUCAGUGCCCAGCUACAGCUUGACAUCGGGCAGAGCUCCAAGUGGCCUGAGUCCUGGGGCUGCCGCUGGCCUGUCGCUGGGUGAUGUAAUCCAAGGCAGCACUAAGUGCAAGCUGGAAAAUGAAGACUUCAGUAUUGUAGAUCAUCCUCUAGAGGGCAGUUUGACUAUUGCUGGGCAAGAUAUAGUUAAUGAAUUAACUCUUUCUAUGCAAAAAGUGCUGGAAGAACCAAUUAAUCUUUCCAUCAAAAAAUCUCAGCGUUGCUCUUCUCCUUGUGAACUGCUCAGCAACACUUCUUUCCUACCCAUGAAUGCCACAAUGAGACAACAUGGAAGCAAAGAAGAUUCCAAUAACUGUGAAAAGGAACAUUUAGAAAUGGAUAUGAAAAGCAAUCAGAAUGUCAGAGCUGACCCUAAGGAGAAGAAGAUCCCGUACGUGCGACUGGAACGUCUGAAAAUAGGUUCUUCAGAGGCAGGGGAGCUGCCAGUGUUCAAGCUCCAGCCGCAGGACAAUGAGCAGGAAGGCAACAUUCUGCUGAUAAUUGAGUCUGGCACUCAGUCUUCAAGUAUGUCUAUAAAGAUAAAUACAGAUAGUCAACUUGGACUGAAAUCCAAAGGAGAGAACUCAGAGAACAGGAAAGUUUUCAUGUCCCAGGCUGCAGGACAGAUGCAGCCUGCUCCUGUAGAUACUCUCUCUGCUGACCAGAAGCUCAACAAUGGCAUCUCCAUUAUGAAAAAAUCUCCAGUUACUCAGGAAGUCAACCCCAUUGAAAACGAGGAUUUCUGUGCUGUGUGUCUUAAUGGAGGAGAACUGUUGUGCUGUGAUCACUGCCCCAAGGUCUUCCAUCUCUCCUGCCAUGUCCCAGCUCUGCUCAGCUUUCCAGUGGGAGAAUGGGUGUGCACGCUUUGCCGUAACCCAGUGAGGCCGGAGGUGGAGUACGACUGUGAGAACACGCGCUACAGCCACAGCUGUCAUGCACAGUAUGGCCUUGAUGACUGUGACCAGAAGAAGUGUGAAAAGCUGGUGCUUUCUCUGUUCUGCAGUAGUAUGAGCCUCCCCUUCCAUGAACCUGUCAGCCCACUGGCUCGGCACUAUUACCAGAUCAUCAAAAGGCCAAUGGAUUUGUCAAUCAUCCGGAGCAAGCUGCAGAAACAGAACAAGUCUCACUACUCUGCACCUGAGCAACUCGUGACUGACGUGCGUCUCAUGUUCUGGAACUGUGCCAAGUUCAAUUAUCCAGAUUCAGAGGUUGCCGAAGCUGGACGAUGCCUAGAUGUAUUCUUUGAGGGCAAACUGAAAGAGAUUUAUCCAGACAGGCACUUUCCUUCAAUGCAACAAGAGGACUCAGAUUCCGAAGAAGUGGAGAGUCAGAACAGCAAAAUACCCCCUCAAGAUUUUCAGUGGCCAUCAUACGGACAGGAGUGCGUUCAGCCCAAAAGGAGACGGCGCCAUGCUGAAAGUGAACAAAGCUAAAAGAACGAUGUCUCAGCCAGCUAACAGCCUUCCUCAGGUAUGACCUCCUCAAGACGUGGGAUUUGCUAUGAGGAAUCCAGCAGCAUAACUGACAGAGUUAAGGUGUGUGGGAGGAAAGCAAAGCACUUGAGCGGUUUGUUUGAUCUGCUGACCAUAUGCCUUACUUCUAGAGCUCGUGGCUAGAUAACAGAUCCAAAGUGACUGAAUCUGUCAAUGUUCAAUCUGUUAAGUCAUGUAGACGUUUUGCAGUGUUCUCACUGAAGUACUACUGUUUUGGUGAUAGGUGAUGAUGGAUAAUAAUGGAAGUAACACUCUAAUAAUCUCUAAUAGCGCAGUGCCCUUUUAUAAUCUGUCCAACACUAUUUGUCUGUUUUAUAGAGCACAGGUAACCAUGUAAUGAUCUUGCAAUCUCAGUGUGAGUGUUGGCCUUGCUUUGUGAGACAUAACAGUGUGUAGAGGUAAAAAACAUACUCCUGUUGUUUUCUUCAAUGAUUUUCCUGGGAGCUUGACUGCUCAAGGUCUGUGGGAUGCAGUCUAAUGUGAUUACCAGAUGAACUGUUUCUUCUGAAGCAGAACAUUUUUGUUGAAUCACAGAAGAACAAGUGCUGCUACUAGGGCUCUGUGUGGGCUGUUUCUGAGUGCAUACUAGAUGCUCCUUUUGCCAGAAAUGGUUCUUCUGGUGCUUAAUUCAUGCUUGGUAAAGCAGUGUGGGAUCUCCUGGGUCUCAAAGGUAGCACUUCUAUACAACCCAAGGCAUUUGGUUUUCUUUAAAACAGAUACUGGAAUUCAACAAAUUAACUAUGAAGCAAAUUACAUGGUUAUAGAAGUGCCUAUAAAAUAACAUAAUAUACUCCUGGUUUCUCUUAGCUUAUUUUUGUAGUUGUGAUUGCCAGCAGUGCUAGAAGUUGAGUAUAAUGUAUAUGUAGAAGCUUAAAAAGAAUGAAAGGGUGUCUAAGAUUUUUUAAAUUUAUUUUAUUUUGCUAUAUCUUAUGUUGGCAGACCCAGAGAAGCAAUUUUAGAGCUUGGCUGAACAUAGGGUAGGAUGUAAUUGUAAAGCCUGAAGGGAUAGGUAACAAGACAUGACACCUGGUUAGAAAGGGAUGGUUUGCAAGCUGCUUCCCACCUCUUCCAGAAGCAGGUGAGGCAGACCUUUGCGUAACCAAAGCUUUCUUCGUGAGAGGCAUCUUGGCAUCUUCCCGCUCGGAGCUCUGCCCAGCAGUGUCAAGCUGGGCUAUGGUCUGGUUUUGAGAGAGGAGAGUUGUUGCAGAUCUUAAACACAGUUAAAGCUCAUUUUAAUUUGGUCUCUGUAAAUAAAGAUGAUAUUUUCUGCAUAGUUUAUGAGGGCUGUUUGGUCUGGUAAACUAUGCAUGUUAUUUUAGAUAACACUUUAAAGUAAAGGUUUCUAUAUGAAAUAUUAAGAUGUGAAUGUUGUAUUCUACUAUCUGUGACUUAAUGUUUGCUGUUAACUUGGUAGUGAGCUAAAGUUUUCUUGGAAGGAAUGAAAUCUGGACAUUAUAAGGUGGCUGGAAAUCUGUGACAUGAAGGAACAGCCUUUACAUUUUCUGUAUGUCAAUUCCUAUGUGUUUGCUUUCUGUCAGACUCUUGUCUCAAAACAGUGUCUUGGCACAGGGAAAUGAGUGCAGGUUUGUAGGUGUUGCCUUUUCUCCACCAAGGAUAUAUCUUUUACAAUUGAUAGUAGGAAAAUUAUGUGCUGUGUAAACUUCAUCAAGGGGCAAAAGUAGAAAUGGGUAAGACUGUUAAUAAUUUCCUCUUUUCCUGGAAGAACAGAGUCAACAAGAACCUGCUUCUAAGUCUUAAAAGCUGUAAGUUUAUUAACUAUCCCAUUAGUUUUGGAGAACACUUCUUUUAAUUAGAUUUAUCCAGAGUGUAUUAUACUUUUAUUAAUAAUAGAAGUGUGCCAGUUUGUCAUCAUAUAUAAUAUACACUUUGGAUAUGUGCUGGCAGGACUCUCUGGCCUCAACACUCUUAAAGCUAACUUUGUGAUUACUUCUCUAAGGCAUAGUAGCAGUUAAAAAGAAGUGCUUGUGAACUUUGUGUCACGUUGGUAAGCAGAGGAAAAAAUGAACUCACAGGCAUAAUACACAUUUUCAAACACAAAUCUGUGGGUCAGCAACUUCACAAUACAUUGCAUGGUGUAAGAAUAACAUUGCCUUGGAUGUUGCCUUAAAAUUGCUGGCUUGUGAUGUUCCUGCUGCUGGACACCAUGCAACCAGGACCUGUAGAUUAUUGGGCUGUGUGUUCUGUCGAAGUCCCGCUGCGCACUGGUGCCACUAACAGGUAUGAAAGAAAGGGUCUAUCUUCUAAAAUCUGACAGCCCAUGUGGCCCUAAAGAGAAAUGAUAUGUAGAUUAUGUAAUUACUUUUUCUUCUAUCACACAGCCUGUUUCACAGUUCAGAAUAUGUACAAAAAGAAGCAAUGAGGAAGCCUUGAGGUUCUACUGGAAGUAAGUAUAGCAAAAACAAAUGGCAGGACCACUGGAAACCCCAUCAAAUGCAUUUGGCUCCUGCAAAUACAACCAAGGGCACAAUUUUCCCUUUGUCUUCAGAAAUGAGCUACCUGUAGAAUGGGAAAAACCUCUUUGUGCUUAAACACUUGGAAAAGAGAUUAAUUACACUCCAGUAACAGGUCUGUUGAAGAAAUGACAGCUACAAAUUUGACUUUCAUUCUCCUACAGGCAAUUUCAAAGACUUACUUCUUCUAGUACCAUUACAGCAGAAUAGUGGUAGAGUUACUGCAAACAGGUGUUUAACAAUUCAGACUAUCAAAUGACUGCAUGUUUAUCUGUGUAAUGUGCUUUGCUGAACAAUAAAAUAUGUGAAAUGUA